UGUUAUCUGGUACGGAAAGGUGUAAAUAUUUGCCAUUUCAUAAGCAAAAAGGUGCCUCAAGAUUUCCUCCCCAACGGUUGAAAACUGUCCUUCCGCUAUGGUUGAAGCGAUAAAGGAACGAUUCUGGAUGCUUGUCCAACGGGAUGUCGGGCUGAUUCCGGAGCAUAUAAUCAAUAUUUUGGACUUCACGGGUUACUCUGCAAACUGUGCUUUGGAAUCGGUGAACGACGAUAGUUUAAAAAUAAUAGAAAGAGAAGCCAAAGAAAUACCGCAAAUUCUUCGAAUUCCUGCUAGCGACGAGGAACAAAUGAAGAAAUAUUUUGGCAAAUUUUAUCGAAGCCCGCAAAACUUUCAUAUAUUGAGUGGCGAAGCACAACAAAUCAAAGUGAUUGGAGUAUACUUGCGGCAAAAGGGCAUUGCCAGUUACAUGAAACUUGACGAACUUAACCGAGCACGGGAAAAACGUCGAAAGGAAUGUGCCCCUGAGAUAAACUCACUAGACCAGGCAGCCCGAUCGUUAGCGGAACGUGUUCACACGUUCUACUUCAACCGUUGCGAUGGAACAACGAAAAAUGUCGAGUUUUGCAACAUGCUGAGCACGGUUCAAGUCUCUGCGGAAUAUGUUGAAGACGGUAAUAUGGUCGCUUACGUAACUUGUCCUUUCUGCCAAGUAGAGAAAAAAUUACGAGUUUCUCAGGAUCGAACUGGCCAUUGGGUGUUAGCCAAUAUUGUAUCUCACAUGAACCGCCAUUUGACUAAUAUUGCACUAACUCCUCCCGCUACUUCGGACGAUGCUAGCCCGUCGAAGAAAAUUAAGACGGAAUCUGUAGACUUUGAUGAUUCAUCCGAGCAGUGCAGUUCGAAUGCUUACAACUUCACCAUGACUUUAACGUAA